UCAAUUAGUAUUCACAAUAAAGCAUGUCUGUGGCACUUGGCUAUGUGUUUGAUUCAGGUGCAGGCUUGGUUCAACAGUCUUGUUCAUACUGAGUUCACGGCAGAGCAGCUAGAGGCAGAAAUGAGGGAGUGCAUCUCUGUGCACAUUGGCCAAGCAGGUGUCCAGAUGGGAAAUUCCUGCUGGGAGCUGUACUGCCUGGAACAUGGAUUCAGUCCUGACGGGACCGCCAGUGGCUCCCUUCCAAUAGAUUCCUCCUUUGGAACAUUUUUCAGUGAAACACAAGCGGGAAAGUACGUUCCCAGGGCUGUAUUUAUUGAUCUGGAACCAACAGUGGUGGAUGAAAUACGAACUGGAGCCUACCGUCAGCUGUACCAUCCAGAGCAGCUCAUAACUGGGAAAGAGGAUGCUGCCAAUAACUAUGCUCGAGGACACUACACCGUUGGGAAGGAGAUCAUUGAAUCUGUUUUGGACCGCAUGCGCAAGAUGUCUGACCAGUGCACGGGACUCCAGGGCUUUCUCAUCUUCCACAGUUUUGGAGGGGGAACUGGCUCGGGGUUCGCCUCUCUACUCAUGGAGCGCAUGUCUGUGGACUAUGGGAAGAAGUCCAAGCUGGAAUUCUCAGUGUACCCAGCUCCCCAGGUGUCCACAGCUGUGGUGGAGCCCUACAACUCCAUCCUGACCACCCACACCACCCUGGAGCACUCGGACUGUUCCUUUAUGGUUGAUAAUGAGGCUAUCUUCGACAUCUGCAUGCGCAACCUUGAUGUGGAACGCCCAUCCUACACCAACCUCAACCGCCUCGUUGCCCAGAUAAUUUCCUCCAUCACCGCGUCCUUGCGCUUUGAUGGGGCCCUUAACGUUGACCUCACAGAGUUCCAGACCAACCUGGUGCCCUACCCUCGUAUCCACUUCCCCCUGGUCACCUACUCUCCUAUAAUCUCUGCAGAGAAGGCCUACCAUGAGCAGCUCUCUGUGGCUGAAAUCACAAAUGCCUGUUUCGAACCCUCUAACCAGAUGGUGAAGUGCGACCCACGUCGAGGGAAGUACAUGGCCUGUUGCCUGCUGUACCGUGGCGACGUGGUGCCCAAAGAUGUCAAUGCCGCCAUUGCUAGCAUCAAGAAUCGCCGCUCAAUUCAGUUUGUGGACUGGUGUCCCACAGGCUUCAAGGUCGGCAUCAACUACCAGCCCCCCACCGUGGUUCCUGGUGGAGACCUGGCGAAGGUCCAGAGAGCCGUGUGCAUGCUGAGCAACACCACCGCCAUUGCCGAGGCCUGGUGCCGCCUAGACCACAAGUUUGACCUGAUGUACGCCAAGCGGGCUUUUGUGCACUGGUAUGUGGGGGAGGGCAUGGAGGAGGGAGAGUUCACAGAGGCCAGAGAAGAUAUGGCAGCACUGGAGAAGGACUAUGAGGAAGUUGGGAUGGAUUCUACAGAUUGUUGUGAGGAAGAGGAUGAGUACUGAAUUGUGUUUGUAUUAAUAAAUCUAAGCAUUAAA